UGUUUUGACUUGCAGAAUGCUCACUAUUACGAAAACCGUAAACUUUUGAUCAAAGCCAAAGAGCUUGCAGCAAAGAAGGAUGUUGAAGCACUGAAGGAGCUUUCACAUACAGAGGUCGAGAAAUUCAUGUCCUUCUUUAGUACUAACAAGGCAUUCAGAGAUGACUACAAGAGGAGAGUUUUGCCAUCACUCGACAUGAGGCAAUUGAGUUCCGAUGGUCGCAUGAGGGAUCCGGACGAGAAGCCACUUGUUUCUGUCGAGGCACCAACUCCAUCCAAUACGGAGAGAAUUGUGAAACCAAAUGCGAAACUACCUGCUAAGGAAGAUUCUGUUCCUCCGUCGCACCAUGAUAAUUCGUCUGUGCAGAAAGCACAAAAAGGAAAGAACGCUCGAAACCAGAAAGAAUCAAAUAAGAAAACUGAAAACAUCUUGGACAAGAUUGACCUCGAAGACAGAGAUGUCUCUGCUGGGACGCAUAAAUUGCAAAAGGACGAUCCUCCUAAACUUGAUGAGACAAAGUUGAAGGAGAUGAAGCGAGAGGAAGAGAUUGCUAAGGCUAAGCAGGCAAUGGAGAGAAAGAAGAAGUUAGCAGAGAAAGCUGCUGCCAAAGCAGCAAUAAAAGCUCAGAAGGAAGCUGAGAAGAAACUCAAGGAGCGCGAAAAAAGAGAGAAGAAGAAGGCUGGAGCCGUUGUCUCUCAGGAUUCCAAGGAACCAACUGAAGCUGUUGCUGAACUAGAGAAGACGGAGGAAAAAGUUGAAACUCCGGUCCCACUGAAGAAGAAAGGCUGGAAAGAAAAUAGCGAUAAGCAUAGAGCACGACCGAGAGGUCCAGAUUCACUUCAGAAGGUUACAUUCAAACGCAAGAAGGCAACUAACUAUUGGCUAUGGGCCGUCCCUGCUGUUUUGGUGGUUCUUGUACUUCUUGCAUUUAGUUACAGCUGAGUAGAGUGGUGGAGACCUAUAUUAAGCAAAGAUUUUUCGCCGAUGGCCACCACUACCACAUCCGAGAAUUAUCUCACAACUCCUACCAAGACACCAGCAGGAGAAAAAUCCACAUCCAGGAAAUGCCACUACCACCAAUCCAUGGAUCCAUCAUUGGCACGCUCCGCUUCCGAAUUUAAGACCCGAUUCGAGGCCUACAACCGGCUACAGGCGGCUGCAGUUGCGUUCGGAGAAAAACUUCCUAUUCCGGAGAUUGUAGCGAUUGGCGGGCAGUCCGAUGGCAAGAGCUCCCUCCUUGAAGCCCUCUUAGGGUUCCGUUUCAAUGUCCGGGAAGUUGAAAUGGGCACCCGACGCCCUUUGAUUCUUCAAAUGGUCCAUGAUCCCACUGCUGUUGAACCUAGAUGCCGCUUUCAGGAUGAGGAUUCAGAAGAAUAUGGGAGUCCUAUUGUAUCAUCCACUGCAAUUGCAGAUAUGAUAAAAUCGCGCACUGAAUCACUGUUGAAGAAGACAAGAUCUGCAGUUUCGUCCAAGCCCAUUGUGAUGAGAGCAGAAUAUGCACAUUGUCCAAAUCUCACCAUUGUUGACACUCCUGGUUUCAUUCUCAAGGUAUUCAAUAAAACAAUGAAUAUUCUAAUUAAGAAAAGUGAA